AUGUCAAUGCCAACGUUCAAUAUUUCAAUGUUCAACGUCAACAUCGACACGCCGCUACUUACUCAACUUAAAACCACAACUCCAACAAGGACUUUCCAGUUUUCGCCUGACCAAGCCAAACCCGACAUGCAAGGAUCGACGCAUCACUACAUCGAGGAAGAAACUCACACUUCUUGUACAACCUGCACCGUCUCGGGCGGUGGCCGUUGUUCGGCUUGUGAGCAACUCCUGGUACUCUACAAGAAGAUAGAAGGCCGAUUGAAAGCCCUCCAGCAGCUCCAGAUAGCUGUCUUCGAGCUCAAGUCACAACAGAAUCGCCAGCACGACCUCCUCGUGAACCGCCUCCCCGCCGAGCUCCUCGUACAGAUUUUCACGAAAUUACUUCCGCCUCGACCUGGACAUCAGCCGUCGACAUUCUUUCAGCCGCUUAUACGUGACGAAGAGGAACCUGAACCGCCCAGUUGGGCAACAAAAUCGGGCCCUUCGACCUUGUCGAGGGUUUGUCGAAGGUGGCGCGAUGUUAUCCGCUCUACGCCUCAGAUGUGGACGUCAAUCGUUGUGAAUGUAGACCAGGAGGAGAAGGAGUACGCCGAAUUCGUAAAUGAACAGUUUCUUCGGUCUGGGGCUUUGCCGGUCUGGGUCAAAGUUCACCAACCCUCUCAUGGAUACACCUCUUCCUCAAGGCAAACCUUGCCCCCGCCCCACACCGUGCGUCUCCUUGAUAUCGUCAACACCCAUUCCGCUCGUUGGAAGAGUUUGAAGAUAUGUCUUGGGACCAGCAUGUUGCAAUAUGUUUGCGGAAAUCCGCAAUCUAACUGUCAGCUUUACAACACCUGCAGAUAA